AUGACCGAAAAUAUUCAUUAUUUAUCACUUGUUAAAUUGGCGGAAUAUAGUCAGACACGCACCGAUGUUCCCAUUCGAAAAUACGUACUGAUUAGCAAUAUGCUGCGGCAGCAAGAUACCCAUCCCAGCGAGCUUGAUGACGGCUCCGAAGUGUCACACAAGGACGACGUACUGGAGCAGCAAUGGUUUGACACUUGUCUCGAUGCGCUGCACACUGAAGAA